GAGGGCAUGAGGGGGUCAGUAGGGAGCUAGAGUGGGGAGAUGAGCCUGUAGAGGACUGGCUGGGGGUGAGCCCCCAGUGGAAGGCCAUGGCCUUAUUGUGCCUGUGGCUGGGGUGGGGGGAGUUGGCUUACGAGUCGGAGCGGGGGUCUCUGUGCAGCUCAGGGGAUGGCUCUGGCCUCUGAAUGCCCCCCCUCCAGGCUCGGAGCAGAGACUCUCUGCUGGGUUCUGGAUCUGGGUUUGAGCCCUGCAAGAUGCCAUCCUUGUGCGGUCCCUGCUACAGCAGCUGCCCGCUCCAUCUGUUCAUCAGGGCGGGGGGUGACCCAAAGCAGUCCCCAAAGGGACUGCGUCCCUUGUGUUCCCUUCUGACGUGUCUCCAUCAAUACAUGCAACCCUGUCCUCUAUGCCACAGGCGCUUGCCCUGUGCCAGUACUUUGAGGACCAGCAGCUGGAUUUCCGGGGCAAGCAGGUGAUCGAGCUGGGUGCCGGGACGGGCAUCGUGGGCAUCCUGGCCACCCUGCUUGGGGGAGAUGUGACCCUCACGGACCUUCCGCUGGCUUUGGAGCAGCUCCAGGAGAACGUGGCCCGUAACGUGCCAGCGGAGCACAUGGCUCGGGUCUGUAUCCGUGCCCUGUCCUGGGGCCUGGAUCAUGAGCGGUUCCCGAGCGGCUAUGAUGUCAUUCUGGGGGCUGACAUCAUCUACUUGCAGGACACAUACCCGCUGCUGCUGCGCACCCUACAGCACUUGAGCGGCCCUGGCUCCACCAUCUACUUGGCGUCCAAGAUGCGGCAGGAGCAUGGCACUGCUGAGUUCUUUGAGAUGCUGCUUCCCCGGCACUUUGCCUGCGAGCUGGUCCAGCGGGACGAGCAGGAGAACAUCAGCAUUUACCGAGUCAUGCGGCAGUGAGGCAGGGGCCGCGCUUUGCCCCCAGAUUUAGGGGGACGGGUGCGGGCUUUUCCAACCGAGCCACAUCCGUAGUAUGUGCAUCAGCGUCCCCAUUGAUCAAGCCACCAGCAUCCAGCAUCCAGCCAUACCCGUGCUAGGGGGGAGUGUGAUGCUGCUCUCUGGGAAAACAGAGAACCGGACCAUGUUUCCGUGCCAGCAACAGGGAGGCAGGACAUUACCAGCCCUCCCCUCCUGCACUGGGAGUGGGUGGAUGUGGCAGCCCCUGGAACCAGAUGCCAGCUUUGGGGAGAUCUUUUUGGAGGACGAUUCUGGGCCACCAGCAAAAGAGCCUCACACCAGGGAAGCCAGAUGGGAAUAACCAGCAUUGAACGUCCCUUCGGAGACACCAUGGUGCCUUGCACGUAUCUCUUUUUUUGUUUUUAUUUUUUUUUUUGUAAUGCUGUAUGAGAAGUAAAAGUGGGUUUCAUGCUGGGCUUGGUUGGAAAGACUCUUGCUUGCAAAGGACGGGAGGGGAUAAAAGUUAAAAGCCAA